GGGCGCGGAACUCGGGAACGCGGCCGCGGCCUCCGCCGGGCGGGGAGCGGGGACGGAGCGGGCCGGGGCCGGCGGGCAUGGCGAGGGACCCGGCCUUCGUGCUGCGCUACCUGGCCGAGGUGGAGGAGCUGGCCGAGGACGUGCUGGCGGCGCGGCAGCAGAUCGUGGACCUGGACGUGAAACGCAACCGAAACCGCGAGGCCCUGCGGGCGCUGCACAAGGACCCGGAGCCCGACGGAAAAGCCAUGGUGUGCUUCGGGAACAUGUUCGUCGAGCUCCCGAAGUCCCGCACCAAGGAGAUGAUGCAGAAGGAUCAGGAACAUCUGGAUGAGGAGAUAAACAAGCUGCGGAAGGAGCUGCGUGUCAAGGUCAACCGUCUCUUUGAGGCUCAAGGUAAAGCUGAGCUGAAGGGAUUUAACCUGAACCCCAUGACCCCUGAGGAAAUGAAACUCAUCAAUCGCAUACUGGAAGGUUGAGGCGGUGGUGCCAUCGCUGUCUGCAAACACCACUCGACGUGCUGUGUUCAGGCUGUCACUCGUGGCACUCACACUCUGUCAGCCAUAGCCUCAAAGAUUUCCCGAACGCCUGUGUUGCUGGAGCCUCUCUCAGGUGAUGGACUGAGCGGACGGGAACAUUUGGCUCCUCAGCUGCAGCUCCUCUGGCUCUAAACCCUUCCUGCUCCUUGCUGGGGACUGGGUGGCAGAGCACUGCAGAGGCAAUGCUGGAACACAGGCGCAUUCACGGCCUCUGACAACCACCCUCUUGCAAGUGGGAUUAUUAAAAUCAGAGCUGUGGGACAUUC